GAUAGGUGUGGCCUUUUUGUCUCCGCGCGGCCACCGUCGCCGCCUUCUUUCCCUUUCCUUCCUUCCGCCAUGGGCUUCGAGGAGUUCUCCGUGCGGGGCUUCGAGGAGUUCGAGCGCGUGUCCCGGGAGCAAGAGAAGAAGCGCGGGAAAGGCCUGCUCUUCGUCUACUUCAGCGGCGACAAGGACCCGGACACGGGGACCAGCUGGUGCCCGGACUGCGUACGAGCGGAGCCCAUCGUGCGGGCGCAACUGACCCACCUUCCCGACGGCGCCGCCUUCAUCUACUGCCAAGUGGGGCCCCGAGACUACUGGAAAAACCCCGACAACGAUUUCAAGAAGAAACUGAAGCUCACCGGAGUGCCUACGCUGCUCAAAUACGGGACGCCCGAGAAGCUGGUGGAAGAGGAGUGCUUUAAGCCAGAUCUCGUCCGGAUGCUGUUCUCCGAAGACAGCUGAGCCAUUUCUGCUUCGAAAAGCCCACAAAAGAGGGGACCAGGAUCAUGUCUUCCAAUUGCAGGGGAAUGAGGGGGUGACUUGACAAACCAUACCAAUAAAAUAAUCAAAACAGA